UUAGUGGGCGGUUAACCCCUUAGAUGCUUAAUGCAUGGUUUACAGCAUUUUGGAAAAUUGUUUAUAAUCCGUGGAAGCGACCAGCCACAAGAGACCAGCUGACCACUUUACUUACCUAUGCCAGGUAAAGUCUAGGAAUGAUUGUGUAAUUUCUUGUGGUUGAAUCAUUUAGGCCGAAUUUUAUAAAGUUAGAGACAUUAAUUAGGGAAAAGACAGUUGUCAUGAUAGAAAGGAAGGAUGAGAUAAGUUCACCAUCAAACAGUAGUGCAGAUCUGACAAAUCCUGCAGCUACCUUGGCCCACUGUCAUCAGCUGCUGCAGCUAACAACAUGCCAAGCCCAAGCAAAGCUUCGUGGAUCAUUUGCUAGGCUGACUGAAGCAUUGCAGUCUCGAGAAAAGCAGCUGUUACGGCAAGUUGAUGUUCUCCACAGUCAACAGAUAGCUCUUCUGCAGUCACAACACUCUGUCCCUACCAACUGCAUCAUUGGAGAUGCUGUUAAAUCAAUACCUCAAGUCAGUUUGAAUCUGGACCAAGAGAAUUAUUUAUGUGAGAGCAUUCUAACCUUUGGGAAAGUCAAUGUGGAAGGAGGAAAUCUUGUUGCAAUUGAGGGAAAUGUGGCACCAUUUUCUGUUCCUUACAGAGUUGAAGACUACCAAGAUGCAAAUGAAGACCAUGUGUGCCUAUAUAAACCUCUUUCAAAUCAUUCAACACCUCAGCAAGAUGUUGUUCAGUUUAGCCUUGCCCCACGUCUCAAGGGAUUUAGCGAAGGACAGCAGGAGGGUACAUUGGCCACUCCAGAAUGUACACUUGUGAAUAGUCAAGUGUCAUCUGAACCAGUGACAACAGCAAAAGACAGCUUUGUCGGUGACUGUCGACGCCCAUCUCAAGUUCAGCAGUGGUUGCAGCAAAUAAUGGCAGAAACAGAAACAGAGCCAUCUAUAGGGGAACAGGAGAACUUCUCAUCCCUAAGUCAAUCAGAGCACCUUUUUGACUGAUUGUUGUAUAACCCCUUUUGAGUUAAGAGGCACUAAUCCACAGAUGAUUAGGAUACUUGGGAUUGUAGGCUGCUUUACUAAAUUAUACUUCACAAACAUGGAUUAUUCAGCUGUAUUAAUAUUUUAUAAUGGGUAACACAGCAGUUGAUUUUAAGAGCAUAAUUUUAUAUUUUUAGUUAGGGGUAAUUUAUUUAUAAUAUUUAUUGCAUUUCUGCAUGACUAUUUUCUGACUUAUAUGUGAAAGGCUGAAUAAAUGUAAGGUACCUAACUUUGUUUACAGUUCUUCACUUCAUCCCAUAGUCAAAAGCUUCUUUAAUAGAAAUGAUGAAUAGUCAGUAGUUAAAUUACGGGUGCGAGAACAAUAAAACAGUAUUUGGAACUAAGAAAUGAAAAGUAACAGGAGAAUACAGAAUAUUACUAGGCUGAUUAAAUCAAAGGUGGUUGAGAUGGGCAGAGCAUUAGUAUACAUGGGGAAAAUUAAAAAUUCAUACAAAAGUUUUGUCAGAAAAUCACAAGAUCAGAGACAAAAAACCCACCCCUCCAGGCUUCAAAGUGUUGACUUCUAGGUCGAUAGGGGAUCUCAGAUUGGUAUCAAUUCCUUUCCCAUUUUAUUAUGUGAGCCACAUGCAAGUUAUUCAUUACACUGUACUGUAUAUAUGUAAUACACUGGAAUGUAUUGCAAUGUACUAUAUAUUUUCUUCUUGUUUUAUUUAAUUUUUAUGUGCUACAUUAUAUUAUAUGCAGUAUAUUGUACAACACUAUAUAAAAUGUACUGUAUCAUCUGUAUUUGGUAUACUGCUGUGUACUCGGCUAUUCUUAGAAACCUUCAAUUCUGCUAAAACAGCAUACUGUGUGUUGUGAACAAAUACAUGCUACAUACAUGUAGCUCCUAAUCACUGCUAUGCAAGACAGCAAGCAUUCUGUUGAAUGUCAGCUGGUGGCAACAGUGGUGAUACAGAAUGUUUCCAAAGUCACUUUAUAUCUGUAGGAACAAAUGUUGGAAUUGUGGAGUGAUUAAAAAAAUCUUUGUGCUCACACACUGCCCUAUGUGGUAUGCAGGAAGUUUUGAAUCACAUUGUAUAUCAUUAUAUAUAUGUACCAAAGUUCUAUAUAUUGGGGUUCUGUGUCAUCAUACUGAUGUGCUGAGUGGUUGCCAUAGCUGCGAACAAGUGUGUUAUUUGUCCAUAUACUCUACAUUUAAAAGCAUAUUUUGUGAACACAAUAUUAAUGCUUUGGACUAUCUUGAAACUUUAAAGACCAGAUUGAAGAAAAUGUGAUAAUAUAUUUACUUUCCUGAGAAAAUGUGCUUCUAUUACUCAUCCAGAAAUUGAUCAUGUACUUUUUCAACAAAAUGUAUGGAUUUAAUUCUUGAAGAGAGAUGUACUUACAAAUAAAGGCAAACCGUCUUUUGACAUUAA